AUGGCCUCCACUGAGACACCUUUCACCAUCGCCAUACCGGACAGCGAAAUUGACUUGCUUCGCAAGAAGCUGGAGUCAACCAGGUUCCCCGACGAGCUAGAGGAAGCUGAGAGGGACUAUGGCGUUCCUCUAGCUGACUUGCGCCGCCUUGUCGAACACUGGAGGGGUGGAUACGACUGGCGUCCACAUGAAGCCCAGCUGAACCAAGAGUUUCCUCAGUUCACCCGGGACAUCGAGGUGGAGGGACACGGGACGUUGAACAUUCACUACGUGCACAAGAAGAGCGAAGUGGCUGACGCCAUCCCCUUGUUAUUCGUUCAUGGAUGGCCGGGAAGCGUAAUUGAAGUCCGCAAGAUCUUGCCCUUGCUACUCCAAGUCUCUCCCGACCAUCCCAGCUUCCACGUCGUCACGUACAGCCUGCCGGGCUACGGAUUCUCUGAAGCACCCAAGAAGAAAGGGUUUGCAGAUGCACAGAUGGCUGAAGUCGGACACAAGUUGAUGCUUGCUCUGGGAUACAACGAAUACGUUACCCAAGGUGGGGAUUGGGGCGCCAUGAUCUGCAGGACGAUGGCUCAGCUGUACGGUCCGAAGCACGUCAAGGCAUGGCACACCAAUAUGCCUUUCGCCUACCCGCCUCAUCCGAUCCACCGACCCCAGCUCUGGCUUAAACACGUUCUGUUCAAGUACAACGCGCGGGACCAAGCUAGACUGGAGCGCACCAAGUGGUUCUCUGACAGGGGAAGUGGGUACCUUCAUGAACAGGCCACCCAACCCCAGACGUUGGGAUACAGUCUCGCCGACUCGCCUGCUGGUUUGCUUGCUUGGAUCUACGAAAAGCUUUACAUGUGGACAGAUGAUUAUAAGUGGACUGACGAUGAAAGACCGGCGGCUUCAGUCCGGAUUUACUACGAAUACGUGAAAAUCCAUGGGCUGCCAAGCGAAUGGACGAAGAAUCUCGAAACGGUCGUUCCUACCGGCUACUCGUACUUCCCCAAAGAACUUAUAGGGUUUCCAAAAAGUUGGAAUACCGCAGGCUUCCCCAACGUCAUUUUCGAAGGAGACCAUGACAGCGGAGGUCAUUUCGCUGCGUACGAGGUCCCGGAAAUGCUUGUUGGAGACUUGAGAAAGAUGUUUGGAAAGGAUGGUCCUGCAUUUGGGGUCGUUCCCGGAAAGACAGGGUACGCGUAG